UUCGCUUCUAAUCAGCUUUCAGUGGUCAAGCAUACCGUCUCGCUUCUUCUCAGCUCCGGCUAUGGCGACUCUGCGGAUGAUAGAUAUUGCCGUCAACUUCACAGAUGGCAUGUUUAAAGGAAUCUACAACGGGAAGCAAUGCCAUUUGGGCGAUAUUGCCGCGGUGCUGAGCAGAGCCUGGAGUGCCGGUGUCGAUCGGAUCAUCGUGACUGGUGGGUCACUUGAGGAAUCAAAGGAAGCUCUUGCAAUAGCAGAAACAGAUGGGAGGCUUUUUUGCACUGUUGGAGUACAUCCAACUAGAUGCAGGGAAUUUGAAGAGAGUGGAGAUCCAGAAAAGCAUUAUCAGUCUCUUCUAUCGUUGGCUAGAGAAGGCAUACAGAAAGGAAAAGUUGUGGCAAUCGGUGAAUGUGGAUUGGACUAUGACAGGCUUCAUUUUUGCCCUUCCGAGAUUCAAAAGAAGUACUUUGAGAAGCAGUUUGAAUUGGCAUGUGCUACUAAGCUUCCUAUGUUUCUCCAUAUGCGCGCAGCUACUGAUGACUUCUGUGAAAUCAUGGAGAGAAACAAGGACAGCAGGUUUACAGCUGGGGUGGCACAUUCAUUUACAGGGAGUGCCGAAGAUCGUGAUAAGCUUCUUUCCUUCAGUAAUAUCUUUAUAGGUGUCAACGGUUGCUCUCUGAAGACUGCUGAGAAUCUUGAUGUUGUUCGGGGGAUUCGCCUUGAAAGAAUGAUGAUUGAGACAGAUUCUCCAUAUUGUGAAAUAAAGAGCACUCAUGCUGGCAUCAGCUACGUUAAGACUCUGUGGCCUUCAAAAAAGAAAGAGAAAUAUGAUCCGGACAGCAUUAUUAAAGGGCGGAAUGAACCUUGCUUAGUUCGUCAAGUUCUGGAGGUGGUUGCCGGUUGCAAAGGUAUCGAUGACAUAGAUCAGCUGAGCAAGACGUUGUAUCAUAACACCUGCAGAGUUUUCUUUCCUCAAGAUCUGGACACCACGGCAGAUGCUCUUCUUACUGGCAGUUUGAAACCUGCUGAAUGACCUCGAGCAUAGAUUCGUUGAAGUCUUGCAAUUUUCUCCCCAUACAGUGAACAUUGCUGCUUCUUCCGACGUGAUGUCUGAAUAUAUCCAUUCAAGAAAUGCAUGCCAGUGCUAAUGAAAGCCAUCAUGUCGGAUUAGUUAUUUGUCAUUCACUCCUAAACUGAAUCUGAUGAGUUUUCUCUCCAGAUAUGAUGCAAUUUAGUUAUAUUUGACGGCACUGGGAAAAUAUAUCAGAAUAACGAAACAGAGGUUUAAACCGUA